GAGUCUCCCUGUCUCGCUCUCUCGCUUGCACGUUUCGUUUCUCCCAGCAACUGUUCUAUUCUUUUUUUUAUUUGAAUCACAUUUCCCGGUCCACAAUCCGUUCGUCCCGCUUUAUCAGUUAUGUCAGGUGCUUGGUUCCCUUCGUAGUUUUUUAAGUCCCCCAUUCCCACUGAAUACUGAUCCAGUGAUCUUUCCCUCUCGUUCUCACUCUACCCAAUAACCGAGAAGAAAUUAAUUAAUGGAGAAGAAUCUCUGUUUUAUGUUUCUUUCUCUUUUUCUUCUUCUUCUUCCAUCUUGUCUCUCUUCUGCAACAAUUCCUAAUAAUGACAUUCGCCUUCCUUCUUCAAGGGCAAAAUUUCCAAAAGCACAAGCAGAAAAGCUAAUCCGGGAGCUCAAUCUGCUCCCUAAAGACGCCGUUGAAGUGGUUGAUGACUCUUCGGUUGCAGUUGCUCCGAAGCUCAUCGAGAAAAGGUUUAAAUUCCCAAAUCUUGCCGACCCUGAACCUGAAGUUACCGCUGAAGAUCUCGGUCACUAUGCUGGAUACUAUCGCCUUCAGCACUCCCACGCCGCCAGGAUGUUCUACUUUUUCUUCCAAUCGAGGAACAGCAAGAGGGAUCCUGUUGUCAUAUGGUUGACUGGAGGGCCAGGAUGUAGCAGUUAAUUUCCAUUCUUUCUGCAGGCAUCGAAUCUUCUGUAUGUUGACCAGCCUACUGGAACUGGGUUUAGUUACAGUUCUGAUAAGCGUGAUCUCCGUCACAAUGAAGAGGGUGUUAGCAAUGAUCUAUAUGAUUUCUUGCAGGCGUUUUUUUCUAAGCAUCCUCGGUUUGUGAAUAAUGACUUCUACAUUACUGGGGAGUCAUAUGCUGGGCACUACGUCCCUGCUUUUGCCGCUCGUGUUCACCAAGGAAACAAAGCUAAAGAAGGGAUCCACAUCAACCUGAAGGGAUUUGCCAUUGGCAAUGGGCUUACCCAUCCAGCAAUCCAGUACCGAGCAUACACAGAUUAUGCAUUGAACAUGGGAAUAAUUAAAGAAUCUGACUACCAAAGUAUUAACAAGUUGCUACCAGCUUGUGAAAUGUCAAUAAAGCUUUGUGGCACUGAUGGUAAAGUAUCAUGUGCGGCAUCAUAUCUUAUUUGCAACACCAUAUUCAACAGGAUCAUGAGCCUUAUUGGUGAUACGAAUUACUAUGAUAUCAGAAAGAAAUGUGAGGAGAGGCUAUGUUAUGAUUUCUCAAAUAUGGAAGAAUUCCUGAACCAGAAGUCUGUAAGGGAAGCUCUUGGAGUUGGGGACAUUGAAUUUGUAUCAUGUAGCCCUACUGUCUAUCAGGCCAUGAUGAUGGACUGGAUGAGGAAUCUGGAAGUUGGUAUCCCUGCUCUUCUAGAAGAUGGAAUCAAGUUACUAGUGUAUGCUGGAGAAUAUGAUCUCAUAUGCAACUGGAUUGGGAACUCUAGGUGGGUCCAUGCCAUGGAAUGGUCUGGUCAGCAAGAAUUUAUAGCAUCUCAUAUUACUCCAUUUAUAGUCGAUGGUGAAGAAGCAGGACUGUUGAAAAGCUAUGGGCCUCUUAGUUUCCUCAAGGUUCAUGAUGCCGGUCACAUGGUCCCUAUGGAUCAGCCUAGGGCUGCACUGGAGAUGCUGAGGAGGUGGACCCAGGCACCAGAAAAUGAGGUUGCUGAUAUGUGAUGACCCCAACCAUGCAAGCCACAGUUGCCUCCUUUAUUGAUGGCACCUCUUGUUUGCCGCCUUAAAGAUGACUGGGGUUUUGAUGCAACCAUGAUAUGGUUUUUCUCCCCCCACUGAGCUGAGCUCUCUCAAGUCUCAAGACUUGUGAAUAUUUGCCCAAAUUCAUUGUUGUUUUCAGUCUUGAGCGAGGAAGUUGACUAUUAAAGGACUUCAUGCUUAGGAAGAGUGUG